AACAUAUGAAAUGAAUAUUAUUAGUAUAAAAAGUACAAAAAUUUCCUACAUUUAGAGGCUAAUUACAUUUUACUUCGAAACUUUUCCUAAUUACAGAAAUUCUAAAUUUUUCAUUAUUCUUAGAUACAUUCUGUGUUUGUCCGAUACAUUGCAAAUGAUACUUUACUUAACGAGAGGAUAUCCGAAUAUGAAUUUUUAUAAUUUUUUAAAAACAAGAAAUUUCAAAGAUAACAAUAUAUCAUACUAUCUCCGUCCAUCUUUUAAUUGUCUUAAUUUCCUUUUUCAAAGUCAAACGAUAAUAACUUUAACUAAUAUUUUACGAUAUAUUUUUACAUCACAAUGAUAUGCAAAAAAGAAAAUUUGAAAUUUAUAAUAAUUUUGGUAAAUUUUUUUCUUCUCAUUAAAUUUUAUGAUUCCCUAUUGAUCACUUCACCCUUCUUUUUAACUUACUUUUUCUCUUUUCACUAUUCAUCCACUAAAUUUGUUUCAUAUAAAUACACACAUAUACCAUCUUUGCAUUUCUCAAGCCAAGCUAAGUUUUAUUUUUCUUAUUUUCUUUGUUCUAAAAGUUUAAUAUUCGUUUCGCUCGCAAAAAAUUUAAUAAAUUUUUCUAUCGAAAAAAUAAAAUAUUAGACAUUUCAUCUUCGAAAAUAAAAUAAAAAUGCGAACAGUAAGUACCUUUACUACUGCUUCUCCAUCAGUCUCUCCAUCGGCGAUUGUUCAAAAAUCGCCAUGGCAUUCGCCGGCGCCGUAUCUAUUCGCCGGCGUAGCGUCCAUGCUAGUGUUAAUAACUUUUGCUUUAGUAAUCCUAGCUUGUUCUUACUGGAGACGAUCCGGCUAUCCGAGAGAAAACGGCGAUGUAGAAUCCGGCGACGGCGAGAAAUCGACCGGUGAUGUUUUCAAGGCGUCGCCGGUUUUUGAGGAGAAAAUAGUUGUGAUAAUGGCUGGAGAUUUGAAUCCAACUUUUUUGGCUACGCCUAUUUCGAGUAGAGGUAAUUCGUUUGGUGCUGGUGAUAAAAUUGAGAAGAAAUUGGAAAAGGAAACUGAAGAAUUUGAUGAUGAGAAGGCGAAAGAUGAAGCUAUGGAUCAAGCUCAUGAAGAAUCUCAAAUCGGCCAUUGAUGAAGCUACUGAGCUUUGAAAAAAAAAAAACAGAGCAAUUUUCUCUAUUUUUUUUUUUGAGUUCUUCCAUUUUUGGUUUAAUUUUUCAAUUUUGAGAUUCGGGAAAUUGUACUCAAUUUUGGUUGAGAUAACAAAGAGUUAGAAAAAAUUUUCGUUUUCGAGUAA